AUGUCGGUUCCUGUUCUGGACAUUCCAAUCGAGUCAACGGUGACGGCCGAAGAUGUGGUGGCCUUGUGCGAGAGAGCCGGCCUCGAUGUUUCCCAGACCUUCGCGGAGACUUGUCGCCCUCUGAUCGCUGCACUGGAUGGUUGUGCGCAGACGGUCAUUGCACGAGAUGAUUACAUUCCCAGACCUGAUGAGGCUAUGUAUGUACGCCAGGACAUCGAUACUUCGAUACAUCCCAGCGUCGAUGGUGGGGGAUGGGCUACGAAGGCUCGAGUGAUCUCAACCCAUCCGCAGAAUGACUUGCUAGCUGGCCGCACAGUUGCUUUGAAGGACAAUAUUGCGCUGGCCGGCGUAAGGUGUACCAAUGGCACAGAUCUUGCUGGUUGGGAGCCUGACCUCGAUGCAACUAUUGUCAAAAGGAUCUUAGAUUCCAGCGGCACGAUUCUUGGGAAAGCAGCCUGCGAAAGCGGAUGCUGGAGCACCGUCAGCGAUACCUCCAUUACAGGUCCUGUGCGCAACCCAUAUAACCCCGGCUAUAGCUGCGGAGGAUCAAGCAGUGGAAGUGCAAGACUAGUUGCUGGCGGAGCAGUCGAUAUGGCAAUUGGCUGCGAUCAAGGCGGCUCGAUCCGUAUUCCCGCAGCAGCCUGUGGCAUCGUCGGACUGAAACCAACUUGGGGUCUGGUGCCGUAUACAGGCAUCCUUGGAGGAGCAGCCGUGAUCGACCAUGCGGGUCCCAUGACGAAAACAGCCGUAGACUGUGCUCUGAUGCUAGAAGCCAUUGCCGGCCCCGAUGGGAUUGAUGAUCGCCAGCCGGCCAUCCAGUUCUUCCAACCAACCAAGUAUCAUGCAGAAGUCCAUAAACACCUGCAACAAGCAAGUUCAGCUCCCUUGUCAGGCAUCAAGAUCGGCGUGCUCGAGGAGGGCUUCAAGCAUCCUCGACAGGACGAGCAUGUGUCGAAGGUAGUCCGUGACAGCAUCGAGAAACUCCGUGAACUAGGCGCGGAGAUCCAACAAUGCUCCGUGCCAGAACAUCGAGAUAUGGAGCUCGUGUGGAUGUGUGCGUUGCCCGCUUUCUCCGGCACGCAAGGCCUCGUUCUCAAUUCCUCCGAGCGCAAACAGCUAGCCUUAACCGAGCCCGCGGCAUUGGGAAAUGGAAAGCUGGACCAGGCUACCUUUGAUAAUCUCGGUGCGCCAGGGCAGAAUCUAUACCUCAGAUGGCUCUUCCUCAAGGAAAAAUACGGCCCAGCUCUGAUCAGCCGGUGUACUAAUCUUCUGAGGAAAUUAAGUGACGAUUACGACGCUGCUCUACAGGAAGUCGAUGUCCUAGUCAUGCCUACCACGCCCAUCCCCCCAUGUAAGAUCUUUUCGUCAAGGACAGAGGGAAAUCUGGCCGACAGACUUAAGCGCACCGUUGGAAUCACUUCUAACACGGCACCCUUUGAUGCUUCCGGACACCCUGCGCUGAGCAUACCUGUAGGCUUCUCGCCAGCAAUAGAAGACCCUUCUGUGUUGUUGCCGGUGGGACUGCAGAUUGUCGGGCGUAAAUUUGACGAGCUGCUUCUUUUGAAGAUCGCCGCAUCUUGGGAGAAGAAGUAUAAUUGGAAGUUCAAAUGA